UUCACAGGACCUCUCGAGAAGAAAUGUGAUAACAUUGCACUUUAUCGAGAGCACACGGCAAAAAAGUAGCAGAGCGAUAACACCGACACAUUAACUCUUCUAUCGAAAUACACACACAAAUCUUGUAAAUAACUUUUAUUGCCACCGAUACAUAUUGUCGCAUCUCUAGCGUCAGUAGCCAUUAUCGUUCGUAAGAAUUGACAAUUGUUAAACGUUAAUGCGACGUAACCGAACGUACAACGCCGAAUGACGAUUCAAUUUACUCACUAACUGCGUAUUUCACUUUGUUAAAACAUCCAAAGUGCAAAAAUGAAAGUAGCUGUUGUGGGCGGUGGGGUCGUUGGAUUAACGACGACCUUAUUGUUACAACGGGAAUUACGUAACGCCGAAAUGACAGUUCUAGCUUCGAAUUUCGAUGAUACCGUCAGCCAUGUGGCUGCGGGAAUUUUCAGAGUCGGCGCUUCGUAUUCUGGUCCUACCGAGCAGAUAACAAGACAAUGGAUAAAAGAUUCGUACGAAUAUUACGAUAACAUUCGUAAAUCAGAGGAAGCCUCUCACGCAGGCGUGACUAACAUUUCUGGCUACAUUUUCGCUAAUUCAUCUCUGAGUACCGUCAAGAGUCACUGGAUCGAAGACUUGGUACCGAUCUAUAGAAGAGCGACGGAGGAGGAACUGCAACUAGUUGGUGGCGAUUGGAAAUACGGGUCAUAUUUUUCGACUCUUCUCACGCAGUGCAGCUUGUAUCUUCCAUGGGCUAAACGACAGUUGCAAGCCAAUGGUGUCACGCUGCGACGAAGAAAGCUGCAUUCUCUCAACGAACUGGCUGAUGAAUUCGACCUGGUGAUGAACUGCACCGGAUUUGGUGCACGCGAAUUGUGCAAUGACAAACGUAUGGUUUCCCUGCGAGGUCAAGUAAUCAAGGUGAAAGCACCAUGGCUCAAAACGUUUUUUUACGGUGAACUCGACACCUACGUCAUACCGGGUUUCCACGGGGUGGUCACUCUGGGUGGAUCGCGGAGUUUCGACUCCGAAAAUACAAAUUUAUGCCCAUAUGAGUCCGCAGCGAUUCGUCAACGAUGCAACGCGCUAGUGCCGUCAUUGAAGAACGCUGAGAUUGUACGGCAGGAAGUUGGUCUCCGGCCACACCGGGAAAGCAAUGUUCGGGUGGAAGUUGAUCGCAUCCGCGACGAUCGUUCUAAUGAAGCUACCGUGGUACAUAAUUACGGACACGGUGGUUACGGAGUCUGCACAGCACCCGGCACCGCCAUGUACGCUCUACGGUUGGCCAUGGACACUCAUAGGUCUUCCAUCGCCAAACUAUAAACUGCAGCUAUCCAGUCUCUCGCUUAUUAUGAAAACUAUAAUUUUUCUUACUGCAAAUACAUCCUUUAUUAAACGAGUUUACAUAUGAAAAUCAUUAGAUCGAUCUAAUACUGCAGCGGCUUCCGAAAACUGUCUGCUUGCCGAAAUGCACUUACAAUUUAGGGCUUUUGUAGGCCCACUGUCACGAGAGUAA